AUGAAGGCCGACACCAAUGACUCAAUGGCUUGUCACAUCCCUAUAGCCAUAGACGGUGAAUCAGGUCGUUCUCACUUUGCGCUCAUAUUUAUCGACACAGAGGGCGACCUUCACUUGCAGUGCUCUCGGUCGAUUGCUACCAGCUUCCUGGGAUCCCUGUCCGUACGGUUAGCGGAUAACUUUUUGAAAGCAGUCGCGAUGUCAGAAGAAGCUUCUUCGCCAAUAUAUCAAACAUCACCUCACCAAACUACGCCAGCCAUGAGAAAAUGUUCGCCCUCACCACGAAUGGCCCACAUUACCCCUCGCAAGACAGAAUUAGAUGGAAAAGCGCACACACAAGAUUUUCCGCCAGCUAAUCCAUUUCUGCCAACGGUAGGAUUUGCCCACACAGAGUCUUCGCCUCGCUGGGACAUGCGGAGUCCGGAACGCAUCAAAAGAAAUGUUUGGAGCGUUGACAACAAAAUGUGGAGGCCGGACGUCACGAUAUCUGUUAUGGACCGUGAUUUGCUGCGGAGGUACUAUGAAAAGGCAUUUCACAACCUGCAGCAGACGAAUUGCCGGACCCUCGCGAAAGCCUAUGUCAAGCUGGUGGAGCCCCGCAAGCAGGUCUAUUUUCCGUACAACGGGCGGACAGUCGUCACAGGGUUCACUCAGGAGCUUGACCCCGAGGCGACCAAGCCACCCUGGUGGCCUGCAGGAGUGAGGCACCGAGAGCCUGACCAUCUUCUCAAAGAGGAUGGACAACGUCUGGUUAGGAUUUGUCGCCUAAACCUGCCCGAAACAGUGGAAGCCACAUCCAACCACAAUGAUCAUAACGGAGAGAGCAUCCCUUUUGAUGCAGCGCCCACCGAUAUCUCGAAUACCACAUUUGCAUAUGUCAAGUCGGGCUCUGUUAACAAUUCCCCACCGGCAUUAUUUGCGCCCGUAGCAAAUUUCCCGGCCCACUUCCCUCUGGACCAUCCCUAUGACGUGCAGGGUCACUGUCUUGGGAACUACUACGCAGGACCGGAUCCCAAGACCGUACGUGGUUUUGACAUGACUGUGCCGGUAUCAAUGCCGCCGCAUGGUUUGAAGAGGAAACACGAAAGCGAAGAGAUAGCUCAUGUCGACGCCACCAAGCCUGCCGUAUUCACGCACGAUUUUUCUCUUUCGGUCACUGGUGAUCUCCAACCCUAUCCAGUACAAUACCCCGGUGGACCUUGUAACUUCCUGCCACAAGGCUUCAUUUCGCCUGGGCCCUCUACAACGGAAGCAUUGGCACAGCCGAAGGAAUGUCGAGAUAUCUCUUAUCAUUUAGGCUAUUGA